AUGAGCAACCGAGUCGUGUCGGCCACGUUCCGUCACAUUAUCGACGAUGUCAUUACGAAUGUGCGACAGGACUUUGAGGACAUGGGGAUUGAGAAGGAGGUGCUCGAGGAGCUGCAGCGGUCCUGGGAGGCCAAGCUCGUCGCGACGCAAGUCGCGGAAUUCGAUGGGGCGGCCGGUCCGCCGCCGCCGCGCGGCAUCUACGACGUAGACGCGCGCCAGGACGGCGUCUCUGUGGUGCCUCCUGUGCCUGCCGCACCCAUCAAGGCGGAGCAAGAGAGUCAUCAGGUCAAGUCGGAUGACGAGCACAGCGCGAGCCAGAAACGCAAGCGCGACCCGUCGGACGAGGGCAAGCGCGAGUCGGUCCAGGACGACGAUGCACACAAGGACGAGAUCGGCAGCGACCUGGACGAUUCCGACGACGACGACGGCGAUGGCUCCGAAGACAUGAUCUUGUGCCUGUACGACAAGGUACAGCGCGUGAAAAAUAAGUGGAAAUGCGUGCUACGAGACGGUGUGGCGUCCAUCGGCGGGCGCGACUAUCUCUUCUCCAAGUGCAACGGCGAGUUUGAGUGGUAG